UUGUGAAAUAAAAACGAAAUAAUCUUUUGUAGGAGAGAAAUGAACAAUGGAAAAUGUAAAAGAAAAAGACAAUUCCAGUAGGAAACCAACAUUGCCUUUAACACAACUAACACCAACACCAGCACCAAUAAAAAGAACAAUCAUAUCAUUUUCACGUCAUUCCACCAAUCUUAUGCUUUGCUUUUUGAUUUUGCCAUUGUCGGACUUCCGUUGCAACAUUGAAUCUAUCUCUCGCUCAUUUUGUUGCCCAUGAUUGACAUCAUUUAUUGCUCUAUCGGGGCUUGGCCCACUUUAAUGAAGAGUGCUUAAAUCAGUCUAGGGCUCCUGUUUUUUUCUUUCACUUUUGUAUUCAGCUGCUCAUACUACCCCCCCCCCCUUCGAUUCGUAAGUGUUACAUUAGUCUCUUGACAUCCUGUGAUUCUUUCGUUUGUUCUGAGGAUUGAAUUGGCUCCAUCGAGCCUUUUUUUCAUUUGUUUUCUUCUUCGUUUGUCUUCUCUUUGGUUUCCAAUUGCAAUUUCCUCACCUCUUGUUUUGACUACCAUUGCCAGGAUUUGUAGAUCAACCUCCAGUUAUGUUCUCCACUACUCCUAUGAUCGCCCCUGAUCCAGAGGAUCGGGUUGAACGAGACCCAAUAUCUUAUAUACCAGGCGCUUACACUGAGACUACUGAUGAGCGCAAGCCGGAAUCCAUUGUUUCUGCUUCGAGUCUCAAGUCUCUUCCAAAGCUUCGUGGUGAAAAUCCGUUCCAGCCUCGUACUGGCUUGCCCACAGGGUUUCCUGUUUUUUCCUCUUAUGACUAUGACCUUGAUAACGACGAUUUCGACCGUUCCUCCUCGUAUAGUCACUUGACCGACGAGUAUAAUGACGAUCACAAUUCCAGUGAAUAUUACGGUGACUUCUCCAAGUAUUAUCUCCACCGCAAUGAUGAUGCUCCAAAUGUUACUGGAUUUCACGAGAAAGCAACAGCUUCAAGGAAGGGGGACACGGCGAACAAAGAUCCCGACUCUGAUGAUGAGCAGGAUUAUGAAAUGGGCGACUCUCAAAUGCUUCCAAUGACGGAAAGCUUUGCUGAUUUGCAUGAUCCCCAUUUCCCUUCUGAUCACAGCCAUGAAGACGCCUUUGGCAACUCUUAUACGGAUCGCGGCUUUACAUAUCCUCCAAGUAUGCCCGCCUUUAAAUUCUCCACUAUUAACCACUCGUCCUCUGGUGUCAACUCUUCUUCCUCCAACGUGCAUGUUAAUUUUGUAAAUGGAGAACCUGUAUUCCCUCGUGCUGCUUCCAGCACUUAUAAGCCUGAAGCCGAUGCUGCUUCCAACCUCUCUACAAAGUCCUUUGUUAAUCAAGAAUAUGUCAUGCGUGGAAUUAAAUACAACGAGGCUAAAAUGCAGCGUGAGCGUGAUCAGCUGUCCGCCACUCCGCUUACUCAUAAAUUACCUAUUAAUCCGCUUGGUGCUGUUCCUGAACCUCAGCAUCACACUGCAUCGUCCUCUUCUUCGCCUUCCAGUUCAGAUGCUACGGAAGGUGGAUACAAGCGGGUCAACGACGAAAAGCCUGCUUCUCACGAGUCUCGAACCUCUUCCUAUCCUCAUUUGAAAGGAUUUCACCUUUCUCAUGAAACAGAUGUCCUCUAUGAAAACGCUACUGUCAGACCUAUCAACGUAUCUGUUGAAUCCCAACCCAAGCCGUCGUCAUUUCCUAGGGAGUCUCAAUCUAACCUUGCCUUCAAUACGGAUACAGCCGCCAACGAGGCCAUGCACCGAUCGUUCAUUCUGCAAGAUGAUGAUGUCGAUCCGACGACCAACAUGGAUUCCGCUGCUCAGUCAUCGUUGGAUCAUUCUGUCAAUACAGAGUCUUCUAGUCCUUCCUACUACCACGAUGGAAAACGUGUCCAUAAUAAUACUUUGACGCCUUACCCUUCAGUUUCUGAGGCAACUUCGAUGUCGUCGAUCAAGAGUAACGAUCUCCAACAACCGAAAGAGGCUUCUUGAACAAAAUGUUGAUUAUUUUGCUAGCAGCCUGUUGAUUAUUUAUUAGUUCUUGAAAUUUGCUUUAUUUUUUUUUGUUGCAUUAAUCACGAGUUUGUAUGGGAUAUAAAUUGGCUAGAAUAUUGUUUAUGAUUUUACUUUCAUUUACUUGUAAUCAAUGAAUUCAUUUUUUCUUUCAUCUAUGAAUCAUUCAAGCCCUGUAUCCUAUUGCUUUCCUUCUGCUCUCCUUCUUUAGUAGUAGUAUAAUACUCUUUAUAGCAAGCAUUAAAGAUCCUGCUUAUGUACAUUCUUACUCGGUUGUUUACAUGAUGGAAUUGAGUAUGCUAUACUUGUUUGAGUUCAAC